AUGGCCACAUACAGGACAUUUGACGAUGGACUAGUAAGCUGCCCUCUCAGACCGGACCACAAGGUGAAGAGGAGUCGACUGAGCCUUCAUGUCUCAAAAUGUCAAGCUGGCGACAGGCGGCGCCUCGUGAAGCCUUGCCCGUUCAACUCGGAGCACGACGCGCCCGACCACGGCCACGAAUACUACAUGCACCUGAUGACCUGUCCGGACCGGUCAUCUAGCUUCCCGAGCGCGUCGAGCAGGGACUGCUACGACCCUCCUUAUGAGGUUCCCUUCGCAGGAGGAGCGCGGCCCCUUGUUCCUGAGCCUAAGGAGAAGUGGGACUUGGAGUCCGGUCCUACAAGCGAUCCCUACAAGCCGGCCGUGCCGCCGAUCUUCCGCCCAGUCCAUGGACUGAAACGUUCUGAACGGCGGCGGUUCUACAAAUCGCUUCUUGAAGAAGUACAAAGGACAGCUGCACCGGGGCCUACAACCAGGACGAAGUCCAACACGCCGGAUUUCGAAAAGAGGGACACAGGCAGCAGCUCCGAUGAGGAGGAACAAUGGGAUUAG